UGCACUUAAAAAAAUGAGUUAAAGAAAACAUUACACUGUAAAAGGAGACGGGAAGUGACUGACAGGUUUAAGUGCACUUAUUUCAUUAAAAAUUCAAAUUCUGUUUAGAUUGAUGUCAUUCAAACAGAACAAAAGUUUUAAGCCAGCAUAAAUUAUACCGCCCGCAAGCUUCAUUGUUUAUUGCUGUGAACUCGAACAAACCUGCAUUUCAAGCUAGAAUUGUUUUGCGAGAGAACUUAUCUUUCUGUGUCCUUAACAUGACUUUUUUUCUGUGUUUUAGCGUUCAGUGAAAACAACGCUUUAGAACUCUAGCGUCGAGUAACGUCUGCGGCCUAACUCCCUUUGUUAGUUGAGUUUAGUUCAGUGAGAGCUGAAGUCAAUGGAGCCUGAAUUCACAAGCGGCGAAGAAGACUCUGAAGCAGACGAACUCAUUGUCAACCCCGAAGAUCAUGUUGACGACGAAGGGUUCACACGGCGCGAUCACAUCAAAAUCUGCAUCAGUUUUGGCGGCCUGGCAAUGUUGCUUCAUUCGUUCUUCAGUGUUGUUGUUUCGGGUUCUCAAGACAUCUUAGGAGGAACUUACAUUCCCACAACAAGCAUUCUUGCUUCCCACGUCGCCACCAUGGUAAUCGUAACUUCAUUUCUACCCUGGUACAUGCAAAGAAUACCUUACUAUUGGCGGACACUGAUCGUGUUCAUCGCUAUGGCUUGUGGUACUCUACUGCUCAUAACUGUUCAUAGCGUUUACGUGAAAAUCAUCGGCGUCUCUUUGAACGCGCUGGCCCAUGGCUUGGGAGAGAUCUCUUUUCUUGCUCUGAGCGCCUUUUAUGGACGGUUCUCCAUCACUUCCUUUGCCGCUGGGAGCGGAGCUGGCAUAUUGCUUGGACCUAUCUACUACACAGGAAUGACUACAUGGGCAUGCAUCUCUCCUCAGAUAACUCUUAUAAUCAUUUCGCCGGCCACACUCCUGAUCCUGGUGUUUUACUACAUGCUCGACAAGGACCGCAUCAAGCCUUAUGCUUUACUGGACUCCUACAACAAACUCAAGUCCAGUGACACCGGGAGCUCAGAUGACUACUCAAAUAAGGACCCUCUGUAUUUAUCAUGGGCUGAAAAGUUUACUGGCGCCUGUCAAAUCUUGCCUUACAUGAUCACACUCUGUACCGCUUAUAUCACGCAGUACAUCACGAUCCAAGCGGUGUUCACGACGAUAGCAUUCGAAGACGCUCCUUUCGCACCAAGAGACCACUUUGUGUAUUACGUACUUUUAAACGGCGUUGGCGAAUUCAUUCUGCGCUCGUAUUUAAGCGUAGUCGCUUGGGCUAAGCCCGCGUUCGUCCCUCGCCUUGUUAUAAAACGGACAUGGAUUUUCGCUGUAAUCUUGGUGGUCGUCAUGAGCUUUUCAAUAUGCGCUUCCUACUAUCGUCUCUUUCAAACCGUGUGGUCGGUGUUGCUUCUUUGUUUCAUCAUCGGCUCGCUGUCGGGUUUAGUUUUCGCCAACACAGUGUGCGCAGUACCCCUUGUAGUAGAACCGAAAUACAAAGAAUUUUGCUUGGGUUUGGUAACAAUUGGCGAAUCAGCUGGAGUUUUAGUCGCUAGUUUUAUAGGUCUUGCCGUGGAGCCGGCUUUGAGAAAGCAUUGCACUCAUGUUGUUAGCAAAACGUCGCUAUGUUACACCAGACCCAAAACCUACAAAUGGACUUCAUCACUUUGUUCCAGAAAGGGUUAAUGGUACGGGCGUGCUGUACAGCAUCAAUGCCGUUUAGAAGGAAGGGGAGAAGCCUAUAUUCUACUUUUUCAAGGUUACAUUACAGGCGUUUCUUCCCAAUUCCUGAGAGUCGAACAAGGAAAUUUCAAAGGGGCUGGGAACCUGAAGGGGAAUAAUAACUCUUGUAUAAGGACUAUAAGGUAUGUUUUAGUAUGGAAGGGUUGAAUUGAAACCCUAUUAAUCGCGGAAAAAAAGACAAAAUUGAAAAUAAUAUAUUGGAAUAUAAAACAAUGUAUUAAUAUUUAAUGCUGGGUGUCUCGAUAUGUAUCUAUGGAUCGGGGGAUCGGGAAUGAACUUAUUUAAUAAAAUAUCUGUCUUCAAUUUU